AUGGAUCUGAAGGUUUCAUAUGAGCUUGAUAAGCUUAAGGAUAUAGUCGAGGAGCGGACCCGACUGAUUGAUGAGCUUUCUAUGGAGCCAUCGAAAUCUGAUACAAUAUCGCUAAAAUCACAACUGAGCACAGUCCUAGACUUGCUGAACUCUGUAGGUGGUCAUGGUACAGAUGAAAUUAAGGCUUAUAUUGAUGAGUAUAAUAAGGUACUGGCUCAGCUUGGUGACGAUACUGCAGUAGAUGUGGGAUUGUACACUUUCUCUCCCAAACAAGACAUAGCAUCAAAGCCAGGUGAAAGUAGAGCUAACGCGGGUGAUAUCGAUGAGGAGGAAAUUGAGGAUGAUGAGACUAGGAAACGUGUACGGUUUAAUGAUGAUCUUGAGACAUUUCCGAACGAAGAUACUGAGCAGGAUGCGCCUGCAUCAGCCCCAAUGACUUUUCAACCAUAUCAUGACUAUGAAGAAGACACUACAAAUUCUUCGUCGAGUACUUCUGAUAAACGUGUAAAUGCUGGUCAUAUGAUAUCCAAUGACGAACUAUUUGCUCGCCAACAGCAGCAAUUGUUGGAACAAGAUACACAUCUUGAUUCCUUGGCAACGACCAUUAAGAACACUCACGGCAUAUCUAUUGAUAUAAAUCAAGAAUUAACAGACCAAAAUGAGCACAUAUUGGAUGAUAUGGAGAAUUUACUGGAUACGAGUUCAAGAAAUCUGGAAAGGGCGCGCAGGAGGUUGGACAGCUUCCAACGCACAGCAAGAGAAAAUGGGCCAUGCUCAAUUAUUGUUAUGCUAACCAUCAUUCUCAUCUUCUUAUUGAUUAUCCUCUGA